AGAUGAUUUUAAUGUGAGAAGUCUGAAAACUCUUUCUUAUCUUACAUGGUAUGCUUUGACGAUUGCAGACAUUUCGUGGUAUCUUCACAUCUACAUCAUCUCAACUUAGUUCCCAUCGAAUGCAUUUUCCUCUACUGCCAUUGCCUGGCAAGAUUGACAGGUCCCUGGUGGCAAUAUGGGGUCCAAUCGUUCCAACGGAUCAUCAAAGGAGAGGCUAAAAUGGACUAAAGAACUACACGAUUUGUUUGAGAAGGCAGUCAAUCAGAUCGGAGGUCCAGAUAGGGCUACACCGAAAGGUAUUCUCAAGGCCAUGGCAAUUCCUGGAUUGACCAUCUUUCAUGUGAAGAGUCAUUUACAGAAAUACAGGAUGUCAGUUUUUACUCGAGAAGAGGAUCACAUCAGAGGCAAGUUUGAAAGAAGAAGUGCAUUAGAGAUGCUUCCGAACUUCAGUGCAACAUCGGGUGCUCAACUAAAUGAAGCAUUAUUAAUUCAAAUGGAAGCACAAAGACGGUUAAAUGAUCAACUCGAGGUCCAAAAAAGCUUGAAGAUGAAAAUUGAAGCACAAGGAAGAUUUCUAGACAAAAUUAUGGAGGAAUACAAGAACCGAGCUCCAAGCACCAAGCUCGUCAAGCCCUAUUCUCCUAUACUGUCACUGCCUUCCCUCAGUGAAGAAUCUGAUCAAUCAAAUGGGAAGGAAUUUGAAUCAGAUUCCGAGGAAGUGGACACAAAUGAAAUGAUAUCCAGAGAUGAAUUCCGGGCUCAAAAGAGGAUCAAAAUCCAGGACAAUGUUCUUCCACAGACACAAAAACAUCCAUCAUUCGCUCCUGAUAUGCCGAACCUGACCAUGUUCUCUCUGGAUGCAAUGCACAACAAUCUGUAUGCAGAACAAGAAAUGGGGUUCCCGUGGAGCAUUGGUGCUUUCCCCUCACCCCUCCAGCCCGCCAUUUACUACCCCACGAAUUAGCCUUUGUUGCAGUAAAAUAAAUGAAGUUGCAGAUAUCGUGGCAAUAUGGACAUGGCUUGAAAUUAAUGGUCAAUUUGUAAUGCUCUAAAUAAUGACCAUAUAUAUAUAUACAUAUGAUACGUUGUGAAAGGGUUGGAAGAUAUCAUAUGUCUUGUCUCUUGAUAAUAAGAAUGGGCUUUGUAUUGUAGUACGUAAAAUAUUCAGGAUUAAUCCUCAUUUCUACCUAAUCCCGUGAUUAUUUGUUCGAGGCAUGUAACUUCAUAUGUAAUUGUUGUCAAAAGCUAGUGCCAAUUUAUUGUUUAAGAACGUGACAAGUUAAAUAUAUAUAG